AUGACUAGAUCCUGGGGGUCCUGCUUGCUCCUGCUCACCAUUUUGGUGGCCCUGGUGGCCAGCACAGACCCAGGCAAGAAUAAGGUCAAGGUAUUGAGGGAAUUGAAAGUGAUCAAUUCCUCAAAUGCCAACGUGAAGCAGUGUCUCUGGUUUGCCAUGCAAGAAUACAACAAAGAGAGUGAGGAUAAGUACCUCUUCCAGGUGGUCAAGACAGUACAAGUCCAGCUGCAGGUUACAGAUCGUUUGGAAUACUUUAUUGAUGUUGAAAUUGGCCGCAGCAAUUGCAGAAAGUUUUCAAAUAGUACUGAAAACUGUGCCAUUCAAGAGAACUCUAAACUGGAAAAGAAAGUAAUGUGCAGUUUUUUGGUCGGAGCACUCCCCUGGAAUGGUGAAUUCAUGGUGAUGAAGAAGCAGUGUGUGGAUGCUUAGGGGAUUCUGGAGCAUCACCCCACCACCACCAUCUCUACCUUUUUCUGUGAAGAGAUAAAUG